AUUGCAAACUACAACCUGUUAAAUUAUUUAAUCUGGCCCACCAAACUGGAAUAAAUGAUAAUGACAAUCCUUAUUAAAGUUUUAUUUUACGUUUAAUUCUGAUGUCUUCCCAUUGAUGCUGCUCUACACAUAAAUUGCCCGUCAGUAAGUUAUUCUGCAUUCAUGAGCCGUCUGAAGAUUUGUUGUUUUUCUGAUGGUCACGUGUCAUUUUGUGUUUUUCCCUGAAGGACACAAACCUAUCAGUGCAAUUGGCUGUGAACAAAAGCCAAAGUUUUGAAAAAAAAACUCCUAAAUGUUGUGUUUUAAAAUAUGUAUAGUUUUUCCCCAUAUGUUACCAAAGCACUCUGCAUCUGCUUGUGGUCCGGCCCAUCUGUCAAAUUUUAGAACCCUUUAUGGCCCACGAGGUAAAACGUUGGCCCACCUCCGGUCUAGUUGAUGUGAAGUUGACGUCAUUCCUGUGACUUGACACCACAUCUGAGCGUUGUUCAGGUUCAGCAGCUGGCCACAUGUCAGUUUCAGAGCACCGGCUUCAGCUGUUGGAAAGUCUUCAAGCACAGCCGCCUUCAGACGAUGAUAUUAAAGGCUAAUGGCCGCCAUUGUGUGGGUCAAUGGAGAGCUGUCGGGUGAACGCCAGACUUAAUAUGAGUGCUGAAUUAUUGAUGAGCUUGGCAUGGCUGGUGGUUGUUUUAUUCGGACGCAUUCAUAUCAGAGAUUGACAGCCGUCGUUUUGAACAAACACGCUUAGCCGUGUGUCUGCUGGCCGUCACAUGUUCAGUAGUUAGAACACAGGAAAUCUUCUCUGCUGUUUGAAUUGAGGAAGCUCCGGCCCGUGGAUUUGGUGAUGUUAGUUUCCUGUGUGACUGACUGAGCUAAGGAGGAAGCUGUUUGACGGAAGGGGAGCACUCACUUCCUUUAAACACCCUUUGCUAUUUAGGUUUCUUUUUUUUGCUACAAUUUGUUUGCUGUCACGCUCCAAAGACCCACUUUCUGGCUCUUUGACACAGAUACAUGAUAAGGUACCACCAGGGAUUGACAGAAAGUCGACCUGCUUAAUCAUUUAUUGCGCCUUCACGCUGACGGCGCCAUCUCUCAGGAGACUCCACAGGAAUCGACAGUCAUCACGCUCCCCCCAUGCUGACGGAGAAUGGAUGAGACGGAGAACGAGGUUCAGAUCGGAGAGAACAAGUUUGUCAGCAAGGCAACGGUGCUCUCUCAUCUUAAAACAUACAACCUGUAUUACGAUGGGCAGAAUCUACAGUUACGGCACAGAGAGGAAGAAGGGGAGCUGAUCAUUGAGGGCUUGCUAAAUAUCUUUUGGGGCCUGCGGCGACCAAUCAGGCUUCAGAUGCAGGACGACCACGAGCGAAUUCGGCCACCCCCAUCAUCCACGUCCUGGCACUCCGGCUGCAAUCUGGACAGUCAGGGUCCUCCUGGCAGCUCAGAGGGCCAGCAGACACCACCUCAGGUGGAGAUAACCCCACCGGAAAACCAGCCCGAGGAUAAUGGCGAGAUGGAGGAGCAGACGGACGAGGACAGUGAAAGCUCCGCCCAGCUCCUCCGGACGAAGAGCGAUGCCGGGGUCUUGAGGCGGGGUCAGCGAAGGUCACCAAGUAACCAAAGAAAAAUCCGACGCCAUCGAUUCUCCAUCAACGGACAUUUCUACAACCAUAAGACUGCAGUUUUCACACCUGCUUAUGGCUCGGUCACCAAUGUUCGGAUCAACAGCUGCAUGACCACGCCUCAGGUGCUGCGAGUUCUCCUCAACAAGUUCAAGAUUGAAAACAGCCCGGACGAUUUUGCGCUCUAUCUCGUUCAUGCAAGUGGAGAACGUGUGAAACUCAAGCGGACAGACUUUCCUCUGGUGCUGAGGAUCAUUCAGGGUCCAUGUGAGCAGGUCUGCAAAGUCUUCCUCAUGGAAGAAGACUUGGGUGAAGAAGUCACGUAUGAUGUGGCGCAGUAUAUCAAGUUUGAGAUGCCUGUUCUGCAGAGUUUCAUCAUCAAGCUGAAGGAGGAGGAGGACAGAGAAGUGCAGAAACUCCAGAGGAGGUAUAAUUACCUUCGGUAUAUCAUUGAAAAGCAGCUUCGCUGUCUUCCAGAGGAAGCAAAGUGUAUUUGAUCUUCUCCAACAUCCAAAUCCGUCCCGCUCUGACCCAGAGUCAGCUGCUUCUCAUCCUCGUCCUGCACAUUAGUCCACCCACAUGUUUACCCAGCCGAGCUAAGCACACGCCAGGGACAGCUGGCCCAGAGGGAUUUCAACCGUUUUCAAUGAUUGUCCUUCCCUCUAGACGAAAACAGAAUCUAUUUAGAGAGCGAACUCAAAUGUAAAUAGAUAAAGAAAGUGCCUGCUUGACGGUGUCUCUAAGCACAAAACAAUAUUGAGGAUUUAUGUUUUAUUUUGUGUAAAGGUUCUAAGUAAAUUCUCAAAGGUCAGAAAGGAAGUUAGGAGGAUAGAGGGUCAGUCCCACGCUGCACCAGAUACUUCCAUAUUCCUGUAACAGUAAAUCUGUUUUUUCUGCAGUUCAGAAGCCGACUGCAGACACUAGAGAUGUCAAAUAUAUUUGAAUGUGUUUGUUUGUGGUUCUGGAACACUGAACCACAACAGGAUCGACAAAUAGUUGUAAAAUGUCGAGCAUUUGGGGAAAUGUUGCUUUCUUUUGUAACGCUGAACACAUUGGUUUAUGUAACAAGCAUGGACUAAGACCAGAAACAGCCAGAAACAUGCAGCACCUAAAGGCUCACUGAUUACCGACUUCAUCUCAUUAACACGUUUGCCCCACCUGUUAGGAUCUGCAGGAAGCCAAAUGUAAAGAUUACACUCCUCCUUGUUGAGGGCAUAACAGGGCUUUUCUAAAUUACUCUUGAUUUAGGUUUUUUUGUUUCUGUUUUUUCAGAAUUUCUUUUUUUUUAUAAAAAUGAAACAGUUUGUAGAUUGUUUGCUGAGCCGCUGUUUGUUGUUGCUGUGGUUUCAGACUGGUUCCAGCCUUCUCCUUAACCUCCAAGCAUGACGUUCAAGCAUUUCACCCCUAAAGUGGAGCUUUUUACUCAAAAAAAGUACUAUUUUAAUUUAAAUUAUUUCAAAAAGUACUUUUUCUUUAUUUAAAUAAUUCAAAACAGGACUUUUCUUCAUGUAAAUGACUAAAACAAGUUUUUUUUCCAUUUAAAUAAUUCAUAAAAAGGCUUUUUUAAAUUUAAAAAAAAGUUUUCAUUUAAAUAACUAAAAAAAGGCCUUUUCUUCAUAUAGAUAAGUCAUUAGGGACUUUUACUUCAUUUAAAUGAUUAAAAAAGUACUUUUUCCUUUGUUUAAAUAACAAAAAAGUACUUAUUAAACAUGUUAUCACUCAAAAAGGUACAUUCUUUAACUGUUAAGAUGAUGAAGGUGGCCUCAUCUUUCUCACACUAAGCACAACAGUGACAGCACAACCUCAAAAGACUUCUCCUGAAAAGCCUUUUUCAAGAGAACUCUUUCUAAAUGAAUGAUGGUAUUGAAGCGGUGUGGCUUCCCGCCACACGCACAGCACUUUUCACAUGUGCGCCUCCGUCCGUGUGCACCAGCCUUUUCGUUUUCUGCGAGCGGGACUCAGGACUGAAGGAUUCAAACCCUGACGUCUGUCAUAAUGUGCAUGAGCAGCUUUUUGGUGAAUUCUGACAUCGUCCUGCUUUUGUAUUUCUCUGAAGACAUUUUAGGCCUAAAAUGUGAAAAACCAAGUCAAAUAGAACAAAAAUGUUUUCAUGUAUUUGUUAUUUAAUAAAAAAUGUCUCGAGAUCUUUUGUGGUUUAAUCAAAAGGAUCCUGAAGGUGGAAAAAGAAGAAAUAAGAAGCUUGAUGAGAAGCCGGUUAAGGGCUGUUCUGGUCUUUUCCGUCCCACCAGGCGGGUUAAAUAAUUCACACAAAAUUAGAAAUGUGGCCUAUGACCCCUGCAGGUAUUUAGGCGCGCUGUGGCUUCAGCAGCUUACCAGUUAGUCAGCCAAUGACCGUCUGUGGAAACCUGACGGAGAUCAGGUGGAGGACAACAAGCUGACCCAAACGUUACAGCGGACAGCCACAGGCGUCCACAGGAGAUAUUUACACCCGUUUCCAUUCUGCUGGAACCGGGAGCAUCCACUCGACAGGUCAUGUUGGGCUUCUGGAAACUUCCGGUCGCCGUUGCCCUCUGUGGGCUUCUUCUUGCCACGCUGUUGCCCAGCUCUGAGGCCCGACGCGGCCGUGGAGGUGGUGGUGGCUUCAGCCGCGGGGGAGGUGGUGGUGGCUACAGCCGAGGGGUGGGAGGAGGUGGCUACGGCCGUGGAUGGGGCGGCCAGUCCUACAGGCCCCCUCAAAGCAGUGGCCCCAGUGCAGGGAAGAUAGCAGGGGCCGCGGCUGCUGGAGCAGUGGGAGGAGCCAUGCUUGGGUCUGCCCUCAGCCGUCCUGGGUACGGGGGUUAUGGAGGAUACGGAGGUUAUGGGGGUUAUGGAGGAUAUGGCGGUGGGUAUGGAUACCCACGGUAUGGAGGCGGUUAUGGCCCAAGACCGGGCUACGAGCCUGAGGGCUCUGGAGACUUUGACUACUACUCUGGAGCCUCCAGCAGCGCCAUCUACAACAGCAUCAUCGUUGUCAUCGGCUCUCUGGUGUCUCUGCUCAUGGGGCCCUGGAUGGCAGUCAUGUGAAAGUGGAGAGAGAGCCUCACCGAAGAGGACGACCCUAAGGUCACAUGAUGUCCAGAACGCCACCACAGCUACAAGACUUGAUCCCAUCUGUGUUUAGCAGAGAAACUAAUAGAUCCUACAUUUUAAGAAGCCUGUUUUCUUUUAUUGUGGCCACUUUUUUAUACUUUAAAGUACGGCUGCACGAUAUGAGGAAAACUCACGAUUUGCGAUAUUGGUGAUCAAUACUGCGAAGACGAUAUAACUUGCAGAACAUAAACAAAUAACAAAACACCCAAAACAUUUCCAUUUUACUGCAACUGUUUAAUUUAAAUUAAAUUCAAAAUACCUUAAAUUAUACUCCAAAUGAUGGGAGGCCAGCAUCUAACAUAAAAGCUCCAUCCGAUUGGUCAAAUGCAUAAAGGGGUUUAUACGAUUCGUUAAAAACUUCAAGCUGCCAUAAUAUUGUUUUAGCAAAUUAAAGGUUUAGCUUUUAUCGCGAUUUUUGCCGACUUUUGUGAUAUGGAUAUUGCACAGCUUGAAAUCGUGAUAACAAUAAAAUUUGGGGUUUAUUGUGCAGGUCUACUUCAUAGAAAAUGUUGCGUCUUGAUGAUAAGAAAAAUAAAAAAAAUUUAAAAAAAGCUAAAAUAUUUGCUGAAAAGCACUUUCUUCUCUAGAUGAGGACAACUCACACCUGACCUAUAGAAGCGAGUCUACCUCAAAAAUCCUCUUAGGAUAAAAAAAUACUUACUUGUAUAUCAGUUUUUUUGUCUAUCAUUUUUUUUAGCUAUUUGUUUACAUAUCGCUUACAUGCAGACAGGUUUAACAAACCACCAUUUCAUGCCAUUUUGUAGGUUUUUAUAUAAAACAAAUGCCUCUGUAUGAACUGUUGAAAUAAAAAAAAUGAAACCGUCA